AUGAACCACUGCUGUAUGUCCCCUGAAGUGUGUCAUUUCAGUCGGCAGUGGGGAGGACCUCCUAUUUGCCUGUCCAUCCUGAUCCUCCUUCUGAACUGUUACCUCAGCACUGCCUCUUCUCUGCCCUUUACGGCUGCACCUCUCUUUACAGACAGACCCUUUGCAGUCAUAUGGAAUGCACCCACCCAUGUCUGCAAGAACCUCAACAUCUCUUUGGACUUUUCUGUAUUCCAGGCUGUAACCACCACAACCGGUGAACCUGAUCAGUUUCUUUUCCUCUUCUACACCAAUAAGCUUGGACUGUAUCCAUACAUAGAUCCCUCUACCAAGAAGGAGUAUAAUGGGGGUAUUCCCCAGAAGGGUAACCUAACUGCUCACCUUGAGAAAGCCUGGAGAGAUAUCACCCAGUACCUUCCUGAGUUCAACCCUGGCUUGUCAGUGAUUGAUUGGGAAGCAUGGCGUCCACUGUGGGCAAGGAACUGGGACUCCAAAGACAUCUAUCGGAAGCAGUCAAUUCAAUAUGCUCAAGCAAAAGAUCCAUCUCUAUCUGCUGCCAAUGCUGUUACUGUUGCCAAGGAAGAGUUUGAGAAAGCAGCCAAGUCUUACAUGAUGAAGACAAUGAAUCUGGGGAUCAGACAACGUCCAAAGUACCUCUGGGGCUACUACCUGUUUCCAAAUUGCUACAAUUAUGGAUGGAAUGAGACGGGGUACACAGGAGAGUGUCCAGCAUUGGAAAUAGCUCGUAACAAUGAGCUUCUUUGGCUGUGGGAGUCCAGUACAGCUUUUUUCCCUUCUGCAUACUUGCCCCUCUCUCUGAAGGAAAGUCAUAAAGGAGCUCUCUUCAUCAGGGGUGUGGUAAAGGAAGCUGUAAGGGUUUCUGCUCUUCCAAAUCUAGUUUACACAUCUCCAAUUUACGUCUAUCUGCGACCUCUUUUCCGUGAUCAGAACAAAGAAUACCUGAGUGAGGCAGAUCUAGUCAGAACUAUUGGGGAGAGUGCAGCUUUAGGUGCAUCAGGGGCAGUGCUCUGGGGUGCAACUGCUGACUACAACAACAAGCCCUCCUGUGAAGCCCUGGCUGCCUACCUGCCAUCCACACUUAACCCAUAUGUAGUCAACGUAACUGCAGCAGCUAAACUCUGCAGUGAUACUCUGUGCCAGAGCAACGGACGCUGUGUCCGCAAGAACCCCAACUCGGACGACUACCUACACCUCCACCCAGAUCACUUCCAGAUUCAGGCAGGGAACGGGAAACGCCUAGCUGUUGGUGUACCUUCUCUAAGUGACCUUAAGUUCUUUGCAGACAAGUUUACCUGUCAGUGCUAUGUGGGGAAGGAUUGCUCUGCUAGCCUGUCCUUUUCACCUCCACAAACUGCAGUCAUUAUUCAAGUGUAA